UCUUGCAAUUUCAAGCGAGCUUCUGAGUGUUGUUGCGACUGUCAAGUGAAUCAUCGCGAGGAUGUCGCCUCAGUUUGCUGGUGCUCCUCCUGAGGCUAUGGGUCAUCAUACCGAGAUGCAGAGUACUAUGCUCUCUCUGCCAGGCUCUCCCACGGCUAUGGAAGGUCUCGCGCUGGUCUCUCAUCAGCACGCUGAAACUGCCCUGCAGGGUGAGCAGGAGCAAGGAUCCCACUUUGACAAUGCUUUCUUCGAUCCAGAUGACAUAUCAUUUGAAAAAGUGCCCACUCAUGUCCCUGACAGCUUUGACUGGGAGACAUUCGAUAAAACAUACAGAAGUUCUCAUGAGCCAGGAGCAAAUGUCUUGUUCGAACGCCGCAACCUCAUCCCGACUUACAAUACCCGUGGCUAUGGAAACAUCCAACGUCAAGCUGAUGACCACGGCGACGAGGCCCAGUACGCUGGAAUCUUCGAAAGGGCAGUUGAGACUCGCAACAAGGGUCAACUCGACGCUGCUUUCUGGGGAAAUACCACAUUGUCUCCCAUUCCUCCUAGUAUCAAUUCUGUUCUUGAGGUAUCCCCUGUCCAGCAUCACAACAACACACCCAGAGUCCAACACAUUGAAGAAGGAACUGCGCAUCAUGGCGUUGGCGGCUUCAAUGCUCAAGACCACGAACAGAAGAAUGACAUGCCCAGUUAUGGCAACCCCUCUGCUCAGCACCACGAUGUCUCAGUUGAGUCCGUCGGCGUUGGCAGUUCCAAUGUCGAAACCCGCAAGGACACAGACCCUGCUUGCACUGGUGGCACAUAUGAUGCUCAUCACGACAUGGAGAUGAUCGAAAGCCACACGUCCGAAAGUCUCGAUGCUCGCACUCCCGUCGCUCAAGCCUACGUUCAAGUUGUCGAAGAACCUGCAAAGAAAACUACUCCUACCUUUGCCAAACAAUCGGACGGAGGUAGAAGAAGAAAUGGCAAUCAAGGCCAAAGCUGGAGCGAGCCAAUUCAUUCAGACUUAUCCGGAGAGAAAGAGGAAAGUUCCGAAGCACAGUCCUCGUCCCAAAAGAAUUCGGGUGACAGCACUCCUCCAUUCGCAAAUAUUGAGGACCUUAUUGACCCUGCACUUACCGCAUCGAUUCAGAACAAUGUUUCCAAUUCGGAGUCUGCCAACAUGACCUCUCAUCCGGCUCACAAUGCCGAAAAGACAUACGGAACCCCUGCUGACAGCCAGGAGGCACAGCUGGCGUAUCCCUCUAACAGCCAGGGCGUUCCUGCUUCCAUUCAAGACCAGUCCCAACAAGACUCGAAUGGCACACCGGCCCCAACCGUGCAGCAAUCGCAACAUCGAUCUUUGAGCUCCGCUGCGGCUCCCAAUCAUGUUGAUCAAAGCCAAGAUCAUCCUGCGCGGGAUAUCUCAAAUGAGCAACAGCAAAUUCAACCCCGACCAGUUAACUCUGAGAGACCUGCCCAAGGCAAGGCACCUCAAAGCCCACAUGCAUCCGUGGUCUUCGCGGCCGCUUCCAAUGAUUAUCAUAGCAGCGAGGCACCUCAGGCCUUCUCGGAGCAAGCCUCGUCUGAUUCAGCUGCUGACAGACGUAAGAAACUGACAGUUGUGGACAAACAAUUUCCGCCAAUCGAUACAAUACCCGGAUUACCGACCUCUCAUGAUCUUAUGAACCCCGAGUGGAGCAGACCGGAAAUACAAACCACUGGAGUACAGACCAGUUUCGCAUCCUUGGAAGAGGCGAUGACUGCGAUCGAUCCUCCCAAAGGACCUGGUCGCGACCCGCAUUUGGUAGUCUCGCAGGCGCAGAAGAUCCGGAUUGUGAACUCUUUUUUACGGGCAAUGAUGAACCUUGACGGCGUCGAUGACAAAGACAAAACCACAGUUGUGUGGAAGAACACUAUGCGAAGAAAACCCCUGGAAAUCGAGGCCGCUUGCUGGAACGUAGUAUCAUCGCACAAUGCCGUUGCCACCUCCCAAGGAGGAGAAGAAGGGGGCAAUAAAGGGCGCAAGGGGAAAGAGGAGAAGGAGGAGGAGGAGGACGACGAAGAGGAUGAAGGAGAGAAGACGAAGGUCAAGGAUCCCGCCAGAACCGGGGCGCUCCUUUCCUUCCCGGACAGGGCUGCGGCCAUUGUCCGGAUCUUUCAUGUGAACAAGUCCACCUGUAAGCGGAUGUUAGACUACCAUGGCAAAUACAUCCGCGAAUUCGUGGACACCCCGCUGGAGUGUCUGGUCCGCUGCCGCGCGAACAUUAUUGUCAACGAAAACAAGGGAGGGCAAAUAAAGACCGGAAGGGCCGUCGAGGCAGCGGCGAAGACAGAGGCGGAUGGGAAGAAAAAGGCGACGGGAAAGGCGAAGGGCAAGGCGAAGGGAAAGGCUGAGGCGGAGGCUGAGGCAGAGCCGCCAGUCGGCGGAGAUUCUGCUGACGAAGCCCAUGAAGUCGAGGACGCCGAGAAGGCCGGAAACGACUCUCAGGAAACUGUCGCUGUCCAUCAGGAAACUGUCGCUAUCCAGGAUCAGGACACUUCAGGUCAGCGUGGUCCCUCGCAUGCUUCGGCGGCACGCGGGCAGUCAAACUACGGCCACAACGGACAGUCAAGCUACGUGCAGAACGGGCAGUCAAGCUACGCGCAGAACGGGCAGUCAAGCCACGUGCACAACGGACAGUACUCGCAAGGUUAUUCCAUGCAAGGCCAGAACAAUACCGGGUACAACCGAGUUAUGAGCAAUGCCGGACACAACCAAGGCAUGAACAAUAACAGACACGUCCCAGGCAUGGCCUAUACAGGACAGUACCAAGGUGUGACCAAUACCGGAUACAACAAUAUUAACCCCGGCGUGUCCAAUACCGGCCAAAUCCAACACACGAUCAAUACCGGACAAUUACCUCCUACAAACACCAGUGGGCUUCACCCAAGCAUGAACAGCACAGUGGACAUGUUCUCCAUGGAUCAGGCGCUGAACGCCGCUGGUCAUGCCUAUGGAUCACACUCCGAAUAUGACCAGCACGGCAUAUCUCUUGAUUUCAGUGUAACCGCUGGUCCGACUCCUGGCACUUCGAAUUCUCACACUUUUUCAAUGGAUCCUUACCUGUGGGCAGCAAGCAUGAGUGGCGAGAUGCCGCCGCCGCCUCAACUGCCCCCUCAAAUGCCAAUUUAUUAUCCGCCGACUUUGACUCCCACUUCAAUGGUUGGCCCGAAUCCCGUCGUUUCGAGAAGCAUGGGACUGAACCCUGGUUUGCCGCCAAACAACCAAACGCGCGGCCGCAAGCGAGGAUCAGCCGAAACUGCAGCCGAUGACAACGGCCCUCCUACCAAGAGACGUCGUUAG